UCCCGCAUUUUCUCGGUUAUGGAAAAGGCCACCGCCAGAAAACCGCCACUCCCUCCCCAUCGUCAAAGGUCAUAUUUAAUUGGCCUUCCCUUGCUGAUCACCCGACGUUCACAUAGCUAUCUCUCUCUCACCCUCUCUCUCUCUCUCUCUCUCUCUCACUUUGCAGAUUGGAUGAGAAGGCCUCCGCCACCGCCGGAAAGCCGCCCCUCCAUCCCCAUCGUCAAAGGUCAAAUCGGCGUUUCCUUGCCCUUAAUUAUCAGCCUAAUUUUACAUAGCCAUCUCUUUUUCCCCCCUGCAGAAUGGAUGAGAAGGCCUCCGCCGCCGCGAGAAAACCGCCCCUCCUCCCCGUCGUCAAAGAAUGGAUGAGAAGGCCUCCGCCGCCGCGAGAAAACCGCCCCUCCCUCUCCGUCGUAAAAGAAAAUCGGAUGAAACACCAAAUCGUUCUUGGGUUGCCGAUCAGCUGCGGUGUAGGGAUGGAUAUGUCAAAAUCUCAUCUAAGAUAUGUGUAUCAAUGGUGAGGGAUAUGUACAAUGUGCGAGCAGACUGGGCUGAUGUUUUUAAUGUUGAUUUGGCUCAAUACUUGAUAGCCAAGGUUCAAUCUAUUGAGCAUGAUGAUCAUGAUCAGUCUGCCUUAUCCCUCCUAAAGGAUGAUCAUUUACGUCUAGCGUUAUUCUUCUUCCGGGACUUCACACUAUUGCUCCUUUCUCUCUGCCAGGUUGACGGAAAUUUGUGGGCUGAUCGUUUGGCUCAUCAUCUCAUGCAAUAUAUUGCAAUGAAGCUUCAGUCAGCCAUCAAGCAACCUGAUGCUGAUGCUGGUGGUGACGAUUCUAGCCCCUCAAAGAAACUCAAGGGAUCAUAGUCUUUUAUCAAUCAAUCUCUAUUUUUCUUGAAAAUGUUACAACGGAGGGAGUACUAUCUAAUAAUUAGGUUUAAGGUCGAAUUCGUAUUUUUGUUCUUGUUUGUCAAGUUUUGAAGAUUAAGUAGUGAUCAUCAACAAGUUGGUAGGAGUUCUGCAUUUUGAUUCUCUAUUAUACUCCCUACUUUGUGAUGGUUGGUGCAUUUUCUAUUGAUAGAUUGUUUUUUAAGUAGUUUAGUUGCAAGUCUAGUUUGAGGAAUUUGCUAUUUCAGUUGCUCUGGACUGUAUGUCUCCCCAUCUGCAUGCUGCCUUCAAUGUCAUGGUGGAAAGUAUUAAAUAAUUCUAUUAGGACUUAGUCUGUU